AAACAAGCGUUUACAAACAAGUGGUACAAACGUUUCCAAGAGGGCCGUGAAGACGUUGAAGAUGACGAGCGCCCUGGACGCCUCAGCACAUCAACAACCGAUGACAAUGUCGAAAAAGUGAAGAAAAUGAUUAUGGACAAUUGCCGAAUCACUAUCAGAGAGGUUGCUGAUGAUGUUGGCAUAUCAUUUGGUUCAUGCCAAGCAAUUUUUUCGGAUAUUUUGGGCAUGAAAUGUGUGGCAGCAAAAUUUGUUUCGAAAUUGUUGAAUUUUGUUCGUGAAUUUUUGUCCAAAAACAACACCGUUAUGAUGCCUCAGCCUCCGUAUUCACCGGACAUGGCCCCCUAUGACUUCUUCCUAUUCCCGGAGCUGAAAGAAACCAUGAAAGGACGACGUUUUGCCAACAUUGAAAAGAUAAAGACAGAAUCGCUGAAGGAGCUAAAUGCCAUACUGAAAAUUGCGUUUCAGAAGUGCUUCGAAGAUUGGAAAAAGCGCUGGCACAAAUGUAUAUCUGGGGAGUACUUUGAAGAGGAGAAAAUUAAUAUCGACGAAUAAAUAUUUUUUGUGAAAAACUCUUUGUAUUGUUUGAUCAAACCUCGUGUAACUCUUGAUCUACACUGAGAAAAGCAAGCAAUUAGUACUAUGUACACACGCAAGGUGUACAAUUUAAAUCAAACAUCUUCAAUCAAUUUAAAACAAUUUGAAUCAAACAUCUUUGGGCAAGUAAGAGUUUAACGCAGAUGGAGGGAAUAUUUAAACCAAAUGUUGGGAGCAUAAUAACAGUUAAAUCGACAAAAUCGAUCGCGGUUACCUGCCUUCAAGGAAAUAUUGUAUCGAAUGAAUAAAUUACGCGUUAAUACAACAAUAAGUUGCGUUGAUAUAAUUGAUACCGAUCAAAUCGCAAUCAUUGAAUCGAUUGAUAUGACUCAUUACAGCAACUAUAUAAUUCAUUCGAUCGAUUAAACGUUAGCUCGGAUUUUGUUGGUUCAAGCAAGGUCCCAUUAAGUCAACCACUUUUCUUUCUCAGUGUAAUAAAUGUUCAGGCAUCCCUCCAUGACGCUGUGUGUACGUCUCUAUCGUAUUUUCGACGAAACAACGACCUACACACACUUACGUGUCGAUGCUACCGUUUGGCUCAUGCCGUUAUUUCGUCCAAUAUAUACCUCGGUUAGUUUCCAUAAAUACACGAGAAAGGACAGUUCAAUUAGGUAACUAGUUACGCGUCAAAGAACACGUUUGCCCAUAUAUAUCACGUUUGACCCGUUAUAUCGAGAGCAACAUCAGCCAGAUAGUUGGCUGGACGGGACAAUGUAAUCGAACGGCUAUAAAUGUUGUAAUCGACGUGGAGUAUAACGAGGGACCUUGUGCCUCGAGGAAAGUGGGUGAUAUGAUUCUACAUGCUACGCGGUUAAGCCGCAAUGAUGGAUAUAGUCGUGCUAUUUCCAUCGAGAGCCGGUACAGGCCGGCAUAUUAUAUUUUCAAUUGCUUAGCGCUAAAUGCGGACAAAGGAACAUCGACGUAACAGAUAAGUUUCCUCGUGGCUUCUAGAGCUGCUUUGAUUUCCCACGAUCACACGUCAUUUCCACUUACGCGGCUCGAAAUUGCUUGAAUCACCUGAGCCGCGUCGCCUCCCCUUUGUCGAAUCUUAAUCCUUUGCGAGUCAAUGCCGCGAGGAACAAAAAUAAAAAUAGGAAACCUUUCCUUGCGAGAGGAAUAUCCUCCUCGCUAGGGUGCGAGUAAAUGUUUGCUUAUAAUGAAUAGACAAAAAUAGCAAGUAACGCUACAUUUAGCGUUCUUAUAUAUGAAUGAUUGUGAAGUCAACGAAUUUACGCCAAGUUGCUGAAUAAAUAAUUCCACACUCUGUAAAGUUGCGUGUAUGCAUGCGCGUGCAUGUAACGCUCUAACACACUUUACUCAUUCGCGUACCAUCAAAAAAGAUCUUUUCUCGAAAAAGAAAAGAUG